UUGAAAGUCUUACCGACAGUCGAAACUCUUGCCGAAAGUCGAAAGUACCGAAAGUCAAAAGUCUUACCGAAAUUCGAAACUCUUACCGAAAGACUUACCGAAAUUCGAAAGUUUUACCGAAAGUCGAAUGUCUUACCCAAAGUCUUACCGAAAUUCAAAAUCAUGUUUUCACCGGGUAA